AUGCCCGAACCGGAACCACCGUUUAAGGUGCGUGCCAUCUUUGAUUAUCAAUCUGAUUAUGACGAUGACCUUCCAUUUACGGUGGGUCUGAUAAUUACCGUCACUGACAUUGAAGACGACGAAUGGUAUUCGGGAUGUUUUAACGGUAAAACUGGUAUUUUUCCCAAAAACUUUGUUCAAUUGAUUGACGGUGAGCAGAAAUCAGGACCAAUUGAGCUGGCUGUGCCGAUUCCGAAGCCGAGUUUUGAACCCGAAGAACAAGGUGCUCAGGCCACUGGCUCCACCACUGGCUCGGCCGCUGUGUCCGAUAAGCAAGAAAACACCAAAACUGAAACCACUGAAGUUGCUGAAGGUGCUGAAGGUACUGAAAAGAAAGCACUGGGAAGUCCUGAUGCUCCUUCUAGUCCGGCUCGUUUUCUCGCAGAACUGGCUCAGAAGUUGAAAAGUGCAGUUUCUGAACACACAAAAGAGUCCAAGGCGGAUAUUCCUCGUGUGCCAAUGCCAGGAGGCCCUCCUCCCAAGGACCCUUACAACAUCAAGAACCAGUUUGUAGCGACUGGAAAGUCGUCUUACGUUCCUCCAAUCAAGCCUCGUGACGACUCAACUGUGAAACAUGUGCGUAAUGAACCUCCAAAGAACGUUGAAAUUGUGCACUCCACCGAUCCACAGCAAGAAGAGGAGUCCAGCGAGCCAAAGAUGAGCUUGAAGGAGCGCAUUGCUCUCUUGCAAAAGCAGCAGGCAGAACAAGCAGAGCGUGAAGCAGCGGCCCAAAGGAGACAGGAAGAACGCAAGAAAGCUGAGCAAAAGCGGUCUGAGGAGAGAAAGCUCGCGGCUGAGGCUCGUGCAAAUGCACCUGUUGAAGAUCUUGAGCAUGAGCUGCCAAAUUCUGAGGAUGUUGGCGUGGCUCCCGGUGAGCAUCAUGAAGAAGAGGAGAUCGAAAGUGCCGAUGAUUUAGUUGCAGAAAGUGAGCCCGCGGAACAGCAGGUGGGAGACGAAGAUGAAGUGGAAGACGACGAAGAGCUCAAGAGGCAGAGGUUGGUUCAAAGAAUGGCCAAGAUAUCUGGAGGUCGGAACAUGUUUGGAAUGAUGGGCAUGGCGCCUUCGUUUGGAAAGCCCAGUGAGCCGACACCAACGCGCAAAAAGUCCGUUGCUAGUGGGGACGGAGAACGUCAAGUUUCUGAGGAGACUACUUCCGCUAGACCAAUUCCGGUUAUGCCAUUUGCUAAUCCUGACCAUUUACCGAAGGAGUUGCUUCAACGAGACGCUGACAGUAUUUCGAACAAGAAAGCUCCUUCUAUCGACUCGUCUUCUGGAAUCCCCGAUGAAGACCUCACAGAGACUGAUACAAAGUUCCCGGAAGCAGGAGAUGCACAACUUCAUCCUGAAAAUGUCGAGCCCAUGACACCAGUGGAACCUUCACCUCCGACCAUCCAAAGCGAUGGACACGAUGAGCCCCGAGACCAUAGCCAGGACAGCGAGAUGAAGUUGGCCAAGCCGCCUAUAGAGCCUGAAGUCACCGGCUAUGACGCCGACGAAGAUGUAUCUGACAUGCAGCCUUCUGGCCAUAACCAGUAUCCAGACCAUUCAGCUUCUCGUCCACCAAUUCCUGAACCUGACUUCCAUGAGAAAAGGGUGCAUCCCGCACCUCCACCACCUGCUCAUCCAGCACCACCUGCUCAUCCAGCACCACCUGCUCAACCGGUACCUCCUGCUCCUUCUCGUUCUGUUCAUCCUGAGCCACCUCUUCCGCCCCUGCCAUCGGUUCCGCCUGUGCCUGCUUCUCGACCUGAACUUCCAACUCCUCCAGGACGCCUGAUUCCUGCGGUUCCUCCGGUUCCUCCGGUUCCAACUGCUCCACCAGUUCAUCCUGUUCAGCAAUCUACGCCCAAAGAAGGACCACCCCCCAUCCCCACUCAACCACCAGCUCGUGCUGGUACUUCGGUACAUGAUGAGCUCGCUUCCUUGACAUCGCAGAAUGACAAUUUUGACUUUUCCUUGCCAGCGAGAUCUCAAACGAUGCCUGAUGCGGCACCUCCUCCCGUUCCUCACGAGGUACCUAGAGCGGCUCCACCACCGGUCCCUGCCACACCCGGUCGUUCAUCCACAGAAGUUGGUGAUAUUACCAUGGCUGGAAUUCCUGAAGGAGAAUACUCGGAGCAGCGAAUCCAUCAUGCAUACACUGGGUCUUCUAUUGGUUCCGACAGAAAAUCGAUAGAGCAGAAGACAGCUGACAGACAGUCGGUAGACAGACAGUCGGUAGACAGGCAGUCAGGAGACUUUGGCAGACGGUCCAGUGAGCUUGGAAGGUCUCGUUCUACGAGAAGUACUGGCGAACAGAGCCAAGCUGCCGCUGCGUUGACUUCAUUGGAGUACGAGAUUGCCAAUAUCAAUGAGAACACCAGCUGGUGGUUGAAGGAGGAGUUGCCUGAUGUUCUCGCAGGGAAAAUUGGCGUUGAUUUAGCAUACGAAGUGGACUCACAUGUCAUCAAAAAGAGAGGAGGUCGCACCAUCAACUACAGGGACUACUAUGUUCUUUUCUACGAUCUCUCGCAGUUGAUUUUCGAGCUUGAAUACGAAACGGAAGAUCCAAGGUCAACGGUCAAAUGUGUCAACUACUACACGAAAGCACCGCCGAUUAUUCGCAAGGAUUUACUAGAUAGGUACCAUCGUGAAUUGGGAACGAAGGUAUUGACAAUUGCGUCGUCUAUGGUUGGCUCCAAGUUGAGUGAACCACUCACGUCGGUGGUCUUCGGUACCAUCAAGGCAAAGGAUCCAAAAGCCUUGCAACCAAUUGGGCACAAGUCAUUUGGAGUAACCAUUUACCGUAAUACGAACAACAGUAAUAUUUCUCGAAUCGAUGACGUUAGACCAGGAGACGUUUUGUGUGUUCGUAACGGCAAGUUUUCCAGUAAGGGAUUAGGUAUUGGAAGCAACAAAAUAACUCUCGGAGAAGAAGAUACUUACUCAGCAAUUGUUGCGGAAUAUGAUGCCAAGAAAUACAAGUUCAAAGUGCUCGAACUGGAUUCAAGUGGGCAUGUCAAAAAAGAGUCUUACAAAAUGAGCGAGAUGAAGAGUGGCCGGAUACGUGUUUUUAGAGUGGUGAGCCGGGCCUACAUAGGAUGGUAG